CCCACCAUCGCCGCACUUCAAACGCGACGACGAGGCAGCCCCGGGAAAUUCUUCAUCGAUAUAACAAUGCCAAGUGACUUUGAUUGCGGUUGAUUCGAUCGCCCUCUGCUACCCCACAUACAUCAGUUCCACCCCGCCUCGAUAGAUCUGCCAGUAACAUGACGAUCCCAAACGGUACUACUCGCCCAGCGCUGGCGGACAGCCUCAACAUUCACAUCAUUGGCGCUGGUAUGGGCGGAACUGCUGCCGCCCUCGCCCUUGCCAAGAAGGGCUACACCAACAUCACCGUCUGGGAAUAUGCCUCUACGCUCGGCGAAGUUGGUGCAGGAAUCAACAUUACCCCCAACAUGAGCCGCAUUCUCGAGCGAUGGGGCGUGCUGGACAUUGCCAGCAACGAGGGAACAGCACUUGAUGGUGCUAGCGUCCUCAACUGCAGCUCCGACGAAGUCCUGACCAAGGUCGACUUUUCCUACAUUGAGCAAGAAUUUGGCUACCCAUUCUACACCGUGCACCGUGCCUCUCUACAAAAAGCCCUCGUCACCGGUGCUCAGGACAGCGGUGUAGUCAAAUUCAACCUAGGCAAGCAGGUCGUCUCUUACGACUUUGACCAAACAAGAUUCCUCGUGGAGGACCGCAAGAGCAAAGAGCAGGAGUGGGUGCAGGCAGAUGUACUGCUAUGCUCGGAUGGUGUCAAGUCCAAGGCACGCGGGGAGAUGAUGAAGCGGAGGGGAGAGGAGGAUCAUGUCGAGGACACGGGGCAGGCCGCUUACCGUAUCCUGGUCAAGAGGGAGAUGAUCAAUGAAGAUCCGGACUUAGUGCCGUUCUUUGAGGGUUCCCACAGCUACAGAUGGAUCGGCGAGAAGCGCCACAUCAUCGCAUACCCCAUUUCUUCACACAAUGUCUUCAACAUGUCUACCGCUCACCCUGAUCGCCGCUUCGUGGAAGCCGACACCUGGACCGCAUCUGGAUCCAAGGAGGAGAUGCUCGACAUGUUCCACGACUUCUGUCCUCGAGUUCAAAAGCUCCUCCGUCUAGUACCCGAAGGUGAAGUCCUAGAAUGGAAGCUGCGAGUGCAUGCCCCGAUCCCCAACUGGAUUGAUGGAGCUGCUGCUCUCCUUGGUGAUGCCUGCCACCCCACUCUACCCCAUCUUGCUCAAGGUGCCGCUCAGGCUGUAGAGGACGGUGCGGUGCUAGGCUCCGUCCUUGCUCGUCUGACGGAUAAGAAGGAUAUCAACAAGGCGCUCAGGGUGUACCAGGAGCUGCGAAAGCCCCACGCUGAUUGGGCUGUUGCCACCGCUGCUAGUAAUGGAAAGGGACUGCAUCUCGCUAAGGGCUCAGCUGCAGCUGAAGAGAGGGAUAAGCUUUUCAAGGAGGCUAGCGCAAGUGGUGGCUCAAAUCCCGACAAAGCCAUUGACAAGGUCACCCAAUCUAAGCUCUACUCACACGACUGCGUAGGAAACGCAGAGGCAAAGUACGACGAGCUCUUUGCGCAGAUGACUUAGCCAUGUCGGGUUGCUUCCCCAAGAUCCUCACUUGCAUGCCUAGACCCCCCAUUCCGUGUUCAUAUCACAAGUCACCUUACAUUCCGCUUCUUGCUUGAAAGUCAUGUUCCUUGAUCCAGGCCUCUGCAAUGUCAUGCCGUGAGC